GCUGCAGCUGAAUUGCUGAUGUAAGGGGUUCAGUGCAGCAUUUCAUGUCGCAGGGUGGAAGGAAGCUUUGCAAUCGCCCGGCGUGUAUUGCUAUCUCACACAUGCAAGUCCGACAAAAAAAUAUGCUGUCAAUAGUUAAAAACUGCGUAUUAUUUUCAGUUGUGUGCUUGUACAUAGCUACGCCGAUUUCUUUAAAAAGGGUUUCCAGAUGUCCUUCAGCAUGCAGCUGUUCCAAGGAGUCCAUCAUUUGUUUUGGAUCUUCCUAUGUCCCAAGGAUCAUCCCGAACGACAUUAAUUCACUGAGCAUUGUCAACGGGUCCUUCUCCGAGAUCAAGGAGACCAUGUUUGCUCACAUGCCAUCUCUCCAACUCCUACUUCUUAAUUCAAAUUCAGUGAUGACAAUAAGGGACGAUGCAUUUUCUGGCCUUCCACACCUGGAGUACCUGUUCAUUGAGAGUAAUAAGAUAGAGACGGUCUCCAAAUAUUCCUUCAGAGGACUCAGGGACCUGACUCACCUGUCUUUGGCAAACAAUAAAUUAAAAGCGUUACCCAGGGAUUCCUUCAUCGACCUGGACUCAUUGAUAGAGCUUGACCUGCGAGGAAAUGCCUUUGAGUGUGACUGCCGUGCGAAGUGGCUGAUGAUGUGGCUGAAGAGCACCAAUGCCACGGUUUCCGAUGUAAUUUGUGCCGGACCCAAAGACAUGAAGGACAAGCGACUGAACGACAUGGCCAGCCUGCACAAUGAAUGCAUCUCCACUGAUUUUAUCCACCAUCAGUCGGUGCCAUCAGAGUCUCUGUCUGUGGACACAUUCUCUUAUAAAAAUGACGUCUAUGUGGCCAUCGCUGCACCCAACACAGAGAGUUGUAUGGUUUUACAGUGGGACCACAUUGAGAUGAACUUCAGGACUUAUGACAAUAUCACAGGCCAGUCAAUCGUUGGGUGCAAAUCGGUCAUCAUCCAGAACCAGGUCUUUGUCAUCGUGGCCCAGCUCUUUGGUGGUUCUCACAUAUACAAAUUUGAUGAAGACCAGAGCAGGUUCAGCAAGUUUCAGGAUAUUGAGGUAUCCAAGAUCUCCAAGCCCAACGACAUUGAAGCCUUCCAGAUUGCUGGCGAGUGGUUCUUUGUGAUUGCCGAUAGCUCAAAGGCGGGGCUCUCCACUCUCUACAAGUGGAACGACAAGGGCUUCUACUCCUAUCAGUCCCUGCAUGAGUGGUUCCGUGACACUGAUGCUGAGUUUGUGGAUCUGGAUGGCAAGUCCCACCUCAUCUUGGCCAGCCGCUCCCAGGUUCCUGUAAUCUACCAGUGGAGCAGGAAUGCCCAGACGUUUGCCCUGCAGGGAGAGAUCCCCAACAUGGAGGAUGUCGUGGCCGUCAAGACUUUCCGAGUCAAGGAGGACCUCUACCUGGCCAUGACGCGCUAUAUAGGUGACUCUAAGGUACUCCGCUGGAGUGGCAAACAGUUUACGGAGAUCCAAUCCCUGCCCUCAAGAGGUGCUAUGAUUCUCCAGCCAUUCUCCUUCAAAGAGCGCCACUAUCUGGCCCUGGGCAGCGACUUUACCUUCUCACAGAUCUACCUGUGGGACGCUGAUAAGAAACUCUUUGAGCGCUUCAAAGAGGUGUACAUCAUGGCGCCACGUUCCUUUACCGUGGUAUCCACCGACCGCCGGGACUUCAUUUUCUCCUCCAGCUUCAAGGGCAAUACACAGAUCUUCGAGCAUAUCAUAAUCGACUUGAGCUUAUGAGAUUUCCAGGGCUUCAGCCCCUGCAUCUUAUGUCUUCCAUUAUAAACGUUGACAUUUUUGUGGGGGAAAGGAGGGAGAAGGGUCCAAGAGAGGGAGAGGUAACUCAAGCAGCAUUAUCAAAUAUUUUUUCCUAUUAAGCACCUCUUGUGUUUGUAUACCAUUUUUAAGUCGGUCAUGUCCCUACUGUUCUAUGGACUUUUACGCACAAGUAAUCUCGGUUAACCAGAACUAAAAUCUCAAGUCAUUUGGUCACCUCUGUGAUUAAGUUGUGGUCCAUACGUGGUAGUCACGGUUUGCAAAGUCUUGCAAAAGGAAACUCUCAGCCAAGUCUUUUCCUUUUCCACAAUGUACAUUGCCUUAUCAGCACAGGCGUUUUAGUGUUUUGUUUGUCCUGCUGCUGCGCCACCUCGCUAUGAAUAGUGAUCACUCCCAACUGCUUUGUAGAUACAGGGAAAAGUCGCAGCAGCACAAACCUUUAAUAACAAUAUUAUGUGACACAAAACCAUUGUGAUCCCGAACCCAGAACUCUUAAACAAUCAUUAGCACUACACAUUUAUGUUUGUAUUUUGUUUAUAUCGUCUAUAUAAGCAGUUUCACAAAUGUUUGGGGAUUUACAAAAGUUUUCAUUUUUGUUCUUUAUUUCACAUAAAUGUACAAUUACUCAAGACCCUAAACAAGUCCUUGCUGCAGAGUACAACUAGAUAUGUGUGUAUUGAUUGACUAAGGGCUAUAUUCAAUCAGAUCUGCUUUAGCCAACAACCAUAUAGCUUAUUUCUGGGGCUGUGUCAGAGGUGGAACUGCGUUAGAGCUGUCAAAUCCACAAGCAGCACAUGGUAUUAUACCUAAAGCAGACAUUGCCAUUGGCUGCAUGGAGUCACAUUACGAGAAAUCCCAUGCAGCUUUGUUGACAAGUUCAAACACUGGAAUGUGAGAUGUAAUCUAGAGCUCAAUUAGGCUGAUAGACAUUUUUUUUGUUUGAAUGAUUUUCAAUUUGAGCAUCAUUAUUUCUACAGUGUAUAUAUAUAGCAUUCACUUUCUCAUUCUGAACUUGUGGUUGUGGCUUCGUAACAAUGAUCUGCUCAUCUGCUCACCGAUUUGACAGCUACAGCGCAGUUACACCUACAAAACAUCAGUAAUGCGGGUUUUGGCUGUUGCCGGUUAACUCUUGAUCUGAUUGAGUCUCUGCCUGAGGCAUCAUCAUAGAUAUUGACUAUGCUAGUUUGAUUAUUAAAAACAUUGACCAAAUAAGUCAACAUUAAUGCUCUACAGAUGUAUUCUUUUGAAGAAUAAUGAUACAUAUUAACACAAACUUUCUGACAGAAAGUAUGAUCGCAUUCUCCCUCCAUAUUGCACAGCUUGUGCUUUGCUGGUCAGUCUCAUGUACUAACUCAUUGUUAUCAACUCUGUGAAAUUGUCUUAAGUGGAUCAAGCUCUGCCUCAAAACAGCAAAGUUACAGUUGGUGAUCAGAGUUCAAAUGAAAAUGUAUCAUUUGUUUUGAAGAGAACACAGACACUAUAAUUGUAUUGUAGUUUUUUUUUACAUACAUAUCCCAGCCUCAAAUGUAACAUUUGCAUAGUAUAUAAUUUUACUGGUAGUGUAUUUAACCAUCAUAUGCCAAUAUUUGAGCCAUACCUCCAACAAUUAAUCUUCUAAAGAAACACAUGUAUGCUGCGGGGAACUGUCCACUGUAAACUCCUGUCUUGCGGACUAGUAAAAAUAGCUUUUCAUAGAAACAUAUAUAUGAAUGUUCUCUGCAUGUUGAUAAACGACUAAGAGUAUGAGUCUACUUUAAACUAUAGGCUGCUAGAGGAAAUUCCUGCACAGCCUACAGGUUCUCAAUUAUCAUUUAUUUCACUAGCAGGUUGAAAUAUCCAGUAUACAACUGUGCAUAACCAGCUAGCAUUAGUAUGGUGGCUAAGUGUGACAUGUUUGCCUAUGGGAAAUCCUAACAGCUGCUUAAAUUGUUAGCUGAGAGUUAAACCAGACUUGUUCCUCUACAUUAGCCUCUAAUAUGCUACAUUGUAAGCAUGGCCCCAAUGAGUUCAGACAAGUUCAUGUACUGCAUGCAGUCAUUAUUGAUAGGGUUGAGUAAAUAUUUUAGCAAAACACUGACCCUUCCAGCGUCACAGCUCUGUAAAUAACUAGAUGUCUGUCUAUCAGAUAAUGGCAUGUUUUAUGCAUUUUAUAGAUUUAGUCAACUUAUAACCUGAAUAUAGUCAAAAGACCAGGCCAAAUUAAUUAGAAGUUCAACAGUCACCGACAGAGAUUUAGCAUUGUAAAGUAUUUUUUGCGUGAUUUCCCACAGCAAUUGUUUAUGCCUAAAGUUUUGAUCUGUGAUGUUCUUGCAUGAACAGAUGACUUGUGUAGGUAAAUUAUAAUGAUUAAAUAGUCAAUUAGAAAGUUGUACAGAAUAAUGCUGCCAAUAUUUUAACCAAAACUAGAAGGCAUGAACACAUCACUCCAAUGUUAUACUAAUUUCACUGGCUGCUUGUAAAGUAUCUGUCUAAUUUUCAGAUUUUACUCUUAACUUUUAAAUCAUUGCAUGGCCUUGCCCAGUCUUAUCUGACAUGCUCGUUUCAUAUAACCCAGGGAGAAAGCUCCGCUCCCAAGCUGGCCUGUUGACAAUACCAGUAGAACUAAGGCCAGGAGCGGAGCAUUCUCUCUAUCAGAGACCCUUAGCUAUGGAGUGACUUACCCUGUUAGGUAAGAGGGACAGACACAAUUGAGGUUUUUAAAUCAUACUUGAAAACCCACCUUUUUACUCUGCCUUUAAAAUAUGGUUUUGUUGUUAUUUUAGCAUCCUUUUUUCCUUCAUUUCUUUUUCUUAGUCUUUUUUGCCUUCCGUUUAAAAAAAUCUCUUACCUUUUAUUUAUUUUUACUGUAAUAUGUGAUGUGAUUUUAAAUGCACUUAAAAUAAAGUUUGAUUUGAUAAAUGAUGUUACUAUA